UCUAGUAAUGGGAGAUCGCACCACAUGGAUCACAAACGACUCCAUCAUUAGACCAGUGGGGUUUUACAUCGUCGGAUUUACCAAUUUAAAGUUUGCUUAUUUAUAUUUUAUCUUCCUUGCAGUCGUAUAUAUUGUGACGGCUUUGUCCAACUCCAUUAUCAUUUCCAUUAUAUUUAUAGAUUAUCGCCUGCACACUCCAAAGUACAUUGCGGUGGCUAACCUGGCGAUCGUCGACUUGGUGCUCAGUACAAGCAUUAUUCCUAGUAUGAUCCAGAUGUUUCUUGCGAAAGAUAACUUUAUGUCCUACACCGUAUGCUUGACACAGAUGUUUUUCUACUACUGCUUUUUCUCAUUAGAGUCAUUUUCCCUCAGUGUACUUGCCUAUGACAGGUUAAUUGCAAUAUGUUUCCCACUGAGACAGAGCUCUAUCAACACAAACACCGUCAUGACCACUAUUUUAGUCACGGUUUGGUCAUUUUGCAUAAGUGUUACUCUGUUCUCAGUCACAAUCCAAACCAGGCUGUCUUUCUGUAAUUCGGUCAAUGUACAGAGCUACUUCUGUGACUACGCCCCUGUGUACGAACUAUCUUGCAAUGAUAAUAGCUUGCAGUGGGCCACUGCCUCUUCUCUGAGUUUAAUAUUUCUGUUUGGGCCCCUUAGUUUAAUCGUUGUGUCAUACACCUGUAUUUUGACAGCCGUGUUUAGAAUGAAAAGCGUGGAGAGCAGGUACAAAGCACUCGCAACCUGCACAGAACAUCUCGUUCUCGUGGCGAUUUUCUUUGUGCCGAUCUUGACAUUGUUUAUCUUUAAAUUUUUCUUCGCAGUUUUCCAAAUCGAUCCGGGUGUCGCUGUGGUGAGCUUGUCAUUAGCCUCAUGCAUCCCUCCCUGUCUGAACCCCAUUGUGUAUUCCCUGACAACCAAAGAAAUCAAGAACAGAAUACUGGCUAUGCUCCAGAAAGUAAAGGUAGCAUCGUGGGCAGGACAGGCAUAGACCCAAGGGUUGCAUGAAAUUUACAUUUUCAAAUGAGUAACAUCCAUUUCAUUUUGGGCCUUGGUGUUUGGCUUCAACUGUGCAUGUCUGAGAGGUCCAAUGUGAUGUAAUUCAAUUGUGUUUUUAAAGAAUAGGAGACCUCCCCAUUGAGUCAUUAAUUCCAUUUGAUUGUUUAAAUGUUGCAUUAUCAAAUGUGUCUUAAGUAUUGUGUAAUUUUCCCAUUCAGUGUCUUUGGUCAUAUUGUGUACUGCAUUGUCCUUGAUCUUUUUGUCAAUUGACCUACCUGGUUGA